CUUUGGAACCAACACCACCGGGCUGGCCCAGUCACUGUGGGAUUUUUCUAUUACCCCAAUAUAUAGCAUGGCCUUUAAUUCUUCCCAAACCAGUUAUUUUUGUGUUCGGGUAAUCGGUAGGCAUCACUGCGUACCACUACCCCUGAGAUCGUUUCGAUAUGGUCCUCUAUGAGAUUUGUAGGACCGGGAAGAGGCGAGAACAUGUCAGAGAAUUCUCCUUGCAACCUGGCAACCUCCAUGACUUGUGAUGGUGAGAGGUGAUCUCCACAAGUGAACGGGGUGACUCGAUUGGUGGCGUUUAAGUUCAUCUCCAGUCCAAGCUCCUCCCUCUCCGGAACCACCAUCGCUAACGCCUCGGGGACCACCUCUCUCCAUGGUUUUAGGAGCUUGAUGUGGUAAAUCUGACGUGCUCUGAUUCUAUCCGUUCACCUCAUAAUCGAUUUCCCAACCCGCCGUGUGUCCUUGCCACUUGCCGAGGAAUUUAAAGCUCGAUGUGGGGAGUAAUACAAGGACUUUAUCUCCCGGUGCAAAUUCCCAUAGCCAAGUACCCCUAUUAUACAGCCGGUUUGAAGUUCUUGAGCCUGGAGGAAAAUCUCCUGUGUUUAUGCCCCAGUGUGUUGAGAUUUGCUCUCAGGUCAAGAAUGUAUUGAGUUUCGUUUUGCUCUUUGAAGGUCCUUCCUUCCAAUUUUCCUGUAGGACAUCGAGCAUUCCGUGCGGUUGACGUCCGUACAAUAAUCCAAAUGGGGAGAAUCCCGUGGAGGCUUGUGGGACCUCUCGUACUGCAAAUAAUAGGGGCUCGAGCCACUUGUCUCAAUUUUGAGCGUCUUGUGCACAAACUGGCGAAUCAUAUUAUUUAGUGUCUAAUUAAAUCUUUUGACCAAGCUGUCUAUUUGGGGUUGGUAAAUGCUGGUCUGAAUCGAUUUGUACCUCAAUAAUUUCUACAGUUCACGUAGUGUACGUGACAUAAACGUUGUGCCCUGAUCGGAGAGGAUUUCUUUCAGAAUCCCCACUCGGGGACCUCAACGAGGUCCAUGCCAAUUCAUUCGAAGGGAACCUCGAUCAAGGGAAGGGGGUGCAAUGGUGCUCUUGAGGUGGCCGAUGGAUUCACCAGCUGACAUUCAUGGCAUGCUGCACACCAUAUGCGAACAUCCCUGUGAAUGCCCGGCCAGUAGAAACGGGCCAUAAAAGGGUUCAGUGUUUUUUCCUACCCUAAUUUACCCACCAUCUGAUUAAAAUGGGCUGUCUAGAAUAACAUUUCCACGGCUCUGCCUCCACACUGAGACACUCUGUUACAGGACCCAUCCACACAGAUUUCCCUCAAAAAAGCAGUAAAUGCCGGCCAAUUCAUACCCAAGAUUAGUGGGUGGGUGAUGCAGGGACUAACCGCAGCCUCUACACUAUGCUUUUGUCCCUGAAAUGGAAUGAUGACCAUCACUAACGGGUAUUCAUGAAUACCCAUAUACACACCUUACUUUCACCCCCUGGCUUGUAUCCAAAGCCUCGGACUGAAUCAAGCUUUGGUGAAUAGAAGUUUGAUUACAACCUGAAUCCACCAAGGUUUGAUAUGUACCCCCUUUUAUACUCACAGGUAUCCGGUAUGCUCCUGCUCGAUUGGGGGCAACCUGUGGCACAUCAAGGACCCGGACCAAUGUCUCCAACUUCAUCGUGGGGCAUCAGUCCUGGAAAUGCCCUUGACCCCCGCAGCUCCAGCAGAGCGGCCCAGACUUUAUGCCCACACCCGUGGCAGCAGAUUCACCAGAGAGAGAAAACACUAAUAUAAGGUCCUCAGCCAACUGGACACAUCCCCUUCAGCAGCCCGGAGACAAACUGCUCCAGCACCACGAUGUUGAUGACGCCGGCAGGCAUCGCAAAGCUGUUGUGCGAAGGCGAUAUGGCGGCUGACCUUGCUCAGCAUCAGUGUGCAGAACCGUUGGCUAUACUGUUCUGGGUUGCAGCCAACCUGUUGCAGGAUGGCUUUCUUCAAAUUGGAAUACCCCAGGACGUUGACCACCGGACGUUGAUGUGUCAUGAGUUGGGCUUCCCCAGAAAGCAGCGGUAGAAGAUGGACCACCCACUGUGAGCAUGGCCACUUCAGGGCUCUGGCUGUGUGCUCGAAUAGCUCCAUGAAGGCCUCCGGGUCGUUCUGCGCUGUCAUCUUCACUUGAGUCACAUGGGGUCCUGCUGCUGCAGGGGUUACAGCUGAAGCCCCAUACUGGGGCAACAAGCUCUGCAACACCCACCGGUCCUCCGCUUGGGCCUGGAGGAGCACCUCGAAGCGCUUCCCCUGCUCCAUCCGCAGCUCCAUGAGGGCCUGGUGUUGUGCUUGUAGGGUGCUGGUGAGGUACUUGAAGACUUACUGCACUCACUCUCUUGGCCUCGCUCUCCACAGAUAUUGCUUGUCCAUUGCUUCACCACACCCUGGAAUCUCACAAUAUCACUUUAAACCCCUAUAGGGUCCUGUCACCCCAAGUGUGGGGUAAAAGUGUCCCUCAACACCUUUUCAAACUGAAUUUUAUUUGAAACAACUUUUGUUAUUAUUUCUUUUCACACAAAUGAUGUUGCUCCAUCAAUUUUCAAUCAAAUUAAAUACAUUUUCUUUGACCUUGAUACAUUUGGUGACCUUUAGCCCUGUUGUUCUUAUUCUAAUUUUGGAUGUUCUGUAAGAAUAUACACUUAUUUACUUAUGUAAAACAGAAAGUAUAGAGAAAAUAACUGUAUUAAAAACAGUGCAGGUUUAGCGACAAAAAGUUCAGAUUAUAAUCAGAUUAUUAUAUUCCGAGAUAUUAUUCAGUAAAGAAUUGAGGAAUGCAUUCAGUUUUUAUUGUAUUUUUUGAAUAAAACAUCUUCCGUGACGCUGAAAUAUAUAUUUCGAUGAUUUUAUAGGGUGCUGAUUUGUCAGGGCAAAUAUUUUCCUAGUUUCAAAAGUGGGCGUGACUAAAGAGAUUUAGAACAACAGCAUUACACACAUUUGUCCCGAUCUAAUGUAUCAAUGAACAAAUCUGGUGAAUCGCUAAAAGCUGCCAUUAUUAUUAUUAUUAUUAUUAUUUCCCUUGACAGAUGCCACCAAGACUUUGAAGAACUCAAAUAUAAAAUCAUUUUAAUUAAUUGUUUUAUUAUUAUUGUUUAAUUUGUAUUAUUUAUCACUUCAUAUUUUGGAUGAUAUAUUUUUAAAGUAUUAUUCUAAUGGAAAUUAAAGAAGGAUUAGUGUGUCCAAACUUUAGACUGUUAAAGUCCUCAAAGUAAAAGCUUUAUUUUGUUUCUGACAUUCUUCAUAUUCAGAUUUAUCUUUUGAUUUAAACAUAUCGGUUCAUGAACGCGCAUCAGCGUGAACGCGCAGCUGAAAGCGUCUCUGUUGCGCAACGCACGAGCGGGGCGUCGACAUGAUCAAGCUGGCGCAGGUUUCUCUGGCGGGUCUGCGGGGCCCCGGGAGCGACAGACAGGUGAUCGCGGAAUGUGCGGAAUGCGCCGGAGAGAUAGCGGAGCUCAAACCUUCAGCAGCGUGUGUGAACUCGUCAGAUGUGCAGAAACAUCCAGCGUUUGUCCUGAUAAACACACUGCGAGAACACUGUCUGCAAUCUUCCUUCAUUGACCAACUUCUGGAGAGGGUUAUUCGUCGUUUCCCAGCAGGAGGAAGAGUGUGACCGCUUUCAUCAGUCAGGUGUUCUCAGGGCUGAAGGACAUGGACUCAGUGAAGAAGGAACUGGAAGAGGAACUUAAACUCAACCCUGAAGAUCUGAGGAGUCACGCCUGGUAUCACGGACCGCUGUCACGCGAGGGUGUGGAGCAGUUGUUGUGUCAGGACGGUGAUUUUCUGGUGCGUGACUCCAGCUCCAGCGCAGGCGAUUACGUUCUGAGCUGCAUGUGGAACAAUCAGCACGUGCAUUUCAAGAUCAUAAAAGUCGUACUGCGACCCAAACAGGGUUAUUCCCGCGAGUUGUUCCAGUUUGAACACGAUCAGUUCGACAACAUUCCUGCGUUAGUUCGAUUCCACGUCGGCGGACGGCGUCCCAUCUCAACUUCCUCUGGAGCGGUUAUCUUUCAUCCAAUCACGCGCACCCUGCCUCUACGCAUCAUCAGUGAGCGCCAGGCUGCAAAACCAUCAAACUCAUCUAAUUGGUCGAGAAGUAAGAGCAAGAGGCGGAGCAUGAGCUCCUCUCAGAACGACACACUACAGGUCAACAACACCCUGCUCAGGAGUGGCAGUCAGCCUUCUAACUUGGAGACAGUGGGAAGACCAUGUCUACAGUCUGCACAAUCUGACAGCAACCUCCGCACAGGUGUACCCCAGACAAGUUCAUCACAGGAGUCAAGCCCCGCCCUCAUCUCGCCAGUGUUCCGCACAGGAAGUGAACCUCUUCUCAGUCACUCAGCCACUUCCUGCACCACUAGGCUCAGCCAAUCAGGUCUCGGCGGCUCGCCUCUCCACGGCUCUGAUGGACAGCUGCAUUCUCAAGCGCCGCCCAAACCAUUGCGAAUCUCCAUCCUGUUCUCCCCCACUCCGGCCGUUUCAGAGGCGGACCCUGGCGGUCUAUAUGGCGAGCUGGUGCCACAGGUUCCAGUCACCAUGUUGCCCAAAGGUCACGCGGCACGCCUCCGCGCUCAGGAGAAAUGGACCAGUCGAGCGCGCCUCACUGAAACCAGCUUUGGGUUCCUGGAGGCGCAGAAACUGGAGGAGGAGCGGCGGUCAAGUGAGACAGAGACGGAGGCCGUGGAAGACACGGACUGGCAUUUUGUGCGUCCACAGACUGAGACCUCCUCAUGUUUUCGUCUGGAAGAUUUCCGCUCGCUUCUGCUGCCGGAGAACAAUCGUCCACUGGAUCAGACCACACUUCUCAAAGUCAAAGAUCUGCUGACGCGCACCGACGCCAGGACCACUGCGUUACACAUGCUCAGUGUCAACUGUCAGGUGGCUCGAGUCACAGGUGUGACGGUGGAGCAGAAGAGGAUUAUGGGAGUCGAAACAGGUUUAGAGCUCAUCACACUACCACACGGAGGCCAGCUGAGACAAGACCUGCUGGAGAGGCAUCAUGUGAUGGCUCUGGGCAUCGCAGUGGAUCUUCUGGGCUGUACGGGGACAGUGGGUCAGAGGGCGACUGUGCUGCACAAGAUCAUUCAGCUGGCACAAGAACUGCGGCACACCACACAUGACCUGUACGCCUUCUCUGCUGUCAUGAAGGCCCUGGAGAUGCCGCAGGUGGUGAGGCUGGAGAUGACAUGGAAAGCAUUAAGGCAGAAUCACACAGACAGUGCUGUGAUGUUUGAAAAGAGCCUCAAACCCUUCAUGAAAUCACUAAAUGAAGGAGACGACUCUGUUGUGUCAGGGCCGUUGUCUCUGCCUCACAUGGUGCCGUUAUUGAGUUUGAUGGAGGGGGAGCAGGACAUUGUGGAAUCGACAGACAGAGGCUGCCAGCUGCUCUACAACCUGCUGCAGUCAGCACGCAACGCUGCACUACAUGCCAACGACAGCACACUGCACGCUCACAGCAUGCUCUCAGCUGGUUGGGAGCCAAUCCCAGAGCUGCUGGAGGCGUUUCAGACAGAGUUUGCACUUCGUCUCUUCUGGGGUCAAACAGGUGCAAAGGCCGAACGGAAGGAGCGCUACACCAAAUUCGACAGGAUCCUUACUGUCCUCUCCCACAAACUGGAACCACACGAAACCUCUUAGUUUGUCAUCCUGGUCUUCAAGGGAUAGUUCACGCAAAAAUUAAAAUACUGUUACGCUCAUGCCAUUCUUUCCUCUGUGGAGCACAAGAGAAGCCAUUAUUAAAUAUAUCCACGCCUGUAUCGUUAAAUGAAAGUAAAUGGAGAUGGGUGCUGUCAAGAGUCAAAAAAAAUUAUAAAAUCAUAAAGGUACUCAAUACCACUCAUGUGCUACAUUCAGAGUCUUCUCAAGCCAUAUGCUAUCUUCCUGCGUGAGAAACAAACCCAAAUGUAAGACGAUAUUUACAGGAAAUAUUUUAUUCAAAUAAGCUGUUAACCACUGUAACUAGAUUGUGUCAGUGAGUUGAACUUGAGAACUGGUUCAGUCCGAUUCAUUAACAAUUCAUUCAGACUGGUUUUUCCAUCUGCACGAACGAUAUUUUCAGUGAAUAACUACUUAAAAUUUUGCUCUUACAGUAUGUGGUGCACAAUUUAUAUGGAGCACUUUUAUGGAGCUUUUUUUGUCACUGUGGAGCUUUACAGACAACACCUGUCUUUAUUAAAAAUAUUAUACAGAAAAGAGUUGUGGUUAUAUUCUUCAAAAGUUCAGAGAAAGUCAUACAGGAUCGACAUGUGCUUCCGUAAAAAUAAAAAGAAUAUUUGGGUGAACUGAUCCUCCUCUCUAUCGCCACCUGCUGGUGGAAACAGGAACUAACCCAUUUUAUACACAAAAAGGGUGAAUUGUCUUGUGAAAACUAUGAUGAUGCCUGAGAUUGAUAUUCUUGUCACGUGUUUUCAAAAGCAGGAAAUGCUGUGAAAUGAGAAAACAUUCAAUAUAUAAUGCUUCCAGACUUGUAAAACUAGUUCACAUAUUGUGUAUUUGUGUGUGUCUGAGAAAUACUUAAGGUGCAUUACUGCCACCAACUGGACUGGAUGUGAUGUUGCGAUGUGUUUUUCUGUGCAUGUUGAGUUUUUAUGACUGUUUAUAUGGCAAUUGAUUAAAAUGGA